UGUGGUUACAACAUUCUUCACUUCCUGAUACUUUUUCCUCGUGAUGGUACCCGUGCCCCGUGCUGACGCGUGCGCUUUUCUUUCGUCGGCCAUCACGUCUCGCUUAAUUGCUUCACAUCACAGGUGAGUACCACUCCAAUCCUACUUCAGUGAUGAGCGAAUCGAUUAGUCUUUAAGACACACACAUGGUUUCAAAUCUCUCAAUGCAUGGCUUUCUGAUCCCUCCCCUCCCUCCCACCUCGAGGAGAUGGCUGACACCAGGGUCUUCCUCUCCAACAUGCCUUCCACAACCGCAUGGAGGUCCUCCUCGACGUCAAGAGCCCCGUCAAGAACAAGACUGUGUCUCUGGAAUCACGCCGAGCCGAGGAGCAGGCGCGUGCCCUCCACCCCUCGACCAAGGCGGAGCAGGAUGAAGAGUGGAUCAAGGAGCACAGCACAGGCCACGGCGGUGCCUUCGGCGACCUUCACAAGCAGGCCAAGUACGAGGGCAUGGUCAUGGAGGCGUGGCAGUUCAAGGACGAGGCCGAGGUCAUUGCCGACCGCAAGGCGGCCGCUGCGGCGGCCGAGCCCAAGCCCAUCCCCAAGUGGGUGCCGCCCGUGCAGCCCACCACCUUCGCCAAGCCUGCCGGCACCGUGUACCGCUUCAUCGACACGACGAAGGAGGAGAAGCGCAAGGCGGGCGAGCGCAAGGCCGCAAAGGACCGUAAGCAGGAGCGCAAGUUUAAGCGCGGGUAGUUUCAUUGCAUGCAUAGCACAGGUCAUAGCAG